CCCGAUGCUCAGCUGAUUGAGCAGGCGCAAGUCAAGUUCAGCUCCAGGUAAAACUCCACACAUCGUGUCAGUUUGUUUGACGCCGCGCAACCAGCGGACGCACCAUGGCCACGCGUGUUCGACCGAGCAACAGGCGCUGUGCGGUGAUCGGAGGCUCCGGGUUUUUGGGCAGACACCUGGUGGAAAAGCUGCUGGCUCGCGGCUACACAGUCUCCGUGUUUGACCUCCGCCAGAGCUACGAGCUUCCCGGGGUCACUUUCCAUCAGGGAGAUCUUUGCGACAAGCAGGCUCUGCUGGCUGCCCUGGAGGACGUGACGCUGGUCUUCCACUGCGCGUCUCCAGCUCCUGCCAGCGAGGACAGAGAGCUGUUUGAGCGGGUCAACAUUCAGGGCACCAGCACCGUGAUUCAGGCCUGCCAGGCAGCUGGGGUCCAGAAACUCGUGCUGACCAGCAGCGCCAGCGUGGUGUUUGAAGGCACGGACGUGAAGAAUGGGGUGGAAGAUCUGCCCUACGCUCAGAAGCCCAUCGAUUAUUACACACAGACCAAGAUCCAGCAGGAGAAGUUGGUUCUGAAGGCCUGUGAUCAGCGGAAGGGCUUCCUCACCGUUGCCAUCCGACCUCAUGGCAUCUUCGGCCCUCGAGACCCCCAGUUAGUGCCCAUUCUGGUGGACGCGGCCAGGAGGGGCAAGAUGAAGUUCAUCAUCGGCGACGGCUCCAACCUGGUGGACUUCACGUACGUGGACAAUGUUGUUCAUGGACACAUCCUGGCUGCUGAGAGCUUGAGAGCAGACUCUCCCAUCUGCGGACAACCGUACCACAUCACCAACGACGAGCCUGUCCGGUUUUGGGACUUCAUGUCUCAGGUGCUGGUGGGUUUGGGCUACGCAGCUCCGAGCCUGCGCCUCCCCUACAGCCUUGUGUAUGGGCUGGCUCUGCUGCUAUGGCUGCUGGCCCUCCUCCUGCGCCCCCUGCUGGCCUUCAAGCCCACCUUCACGCCCAUGAGAGUGGCCCUGGCUGGCACUCACCACUACUACAGCUGUGAGCGUGCCAAGAAAGACCUAGGCUACAAGCCAGUGGUGAGUCUGAAGGAGGGCCUCGCCCGCACCCUGCAGAGCUACCCUCACCUCCGACGCGGCGCCUGAGCUCCGUGUAUUCCUGCUCGGAUGUGGACACCGCAAUGAUGGUGUCAUCCUCAGUGUCUUAAAAUUCGCCAUGUAAACCUCUCUUUUACCUCAUAUCAAGCUUAGAGUUCUUUAUCCCCUUAAACGAGGACGGAAGGUGACAAAAGGCUCCUGAAUCACUGGAAGCAUCCGGACAUUGCUGGACGAAACAUUCUCUGCCCCGGGCCCGCUGUCCUGACCUUCUUCCCUCUGUGAUGCAUGGGCACCCUGGCCCGAGCGACGCCCCCGUCCCACUGGACAUACUCUGAAGUUCAGAAUUCGAUUUGGCCUCGCUAUGAGGAAGCUCCCCAGAUCCAGAUGAAGACCUAAUGGGGCCCGGGACAAGUUCCAGUUCUGUUUGACCUGCAGCUGUUGCGAUGAAACUUGUGAUUGGAUAUUGUCCACAUCAAUAUUUGUUUUGGGAAUAAACUCUAUUCUUUUAGUUGUUUCAUAUGAAAUAGUCUGUUUUAUUCUGAUCCGAAGCUUCAGAAUUUUUGAAGAACAUUUGUAUCAUGUGAUCACAAGGUGUGUCAAACUGUGCUAUUGUUGUGGCACUAACCUUCCUUGGUGGGUUUGCAGGGUUUGGGGCUGAUCCCAGCCGUUUGGGGCUGAUCCCAGCCAUUUGGGGCGAGAGGUGGGGUGUGGCACCCCUGAACUGGUUGUGUGUAUAAAUGCUGAUCAUGCAGUCUGCCAUUGUAACCACAAUCUACGAACAUGUGUAUUGUUGCAGCCAACAUGAAAAUGAAAUGAUUAUUCAUGACUUACUCAAGAAGAAUCUUUAAAGAAUGUCAUGAAAGUUUUCACUUCACCUGGAAACAAGG